AAAGAAGUAGUGGCUGUGCUAUGCCUUUGAAACCUAAGAUACAUUUCACUCAAAUUAAGUGGUUUAUGCGUUAAGGAAAUGGCCCUACCCCUUUAGUAUGUUUCGGCAAAAUGUUCUUCCCCAGGGUGGCCAACUAACGUUAGUUCAUCUUUAUUAAUUAACGUUAGCUAACUAGUGAUAGCCAGGUAACAUUAGCUCGAGCUACGUUAGGUAACGUAGCACCUAUCAAGAGUUUGCUCCCCUUUUGGUAAACGCAAGGCUAGGUGAGUUUACCCUUAGUUAAGGUCAAGACCCGUGACAUCGGUGACCAUGGGUAGGCUGGAUGACGCCGCGAAGCGUAAAGUGGUGGAGCUCCGAGAGGCUGGCUUGAGUUUUCGGAAGAUAAAGGCGGUUCUGGAGCUGGAGAACAUCAAGGUGUCUGCACAAGCUAUCUAUUUGUUCCUCAAAGAGUUCAAUGGCAGGAACGGGACAAAUCUGGCGGCGGGUGGUGCUGGUGUUCAGGCCAACAUGGGGGAGAGCAGCACGGGCAGCAGGAACAACAGUUGGAGAGACCAACUCCAGCUCGGGACCCUUAUGCGGGAGGCUUCCCGGGUGGCUGGAUACUCCACCUCCCCUGACCCACCUCAACAGGGAGGAUCUUCCUCCGAAGAGAGAGGGAUAAAGGGAGUGAGGAAAGAGGACGAGGAAGAGGAUAUCCGCAUUGUCAGCGUGACUUCACUGGCACAAAGAUCUCCGCAGGACGGGGUCCACACCCAGCGGACAAGCAUGACUACAGGUGUCGGGGCCAUGACGGGGAUCUUUGCACGGAGACGCCUCACUGUCUCCCCUGCCACCAACCCAGUUCUGUUGGCCCGCAAGAGGCUGCUGGACAAAGCCCUGCUCCACAGAGCAAGAAUCAGAGAAGGCGCUCCAUCACCUGGCCAGCAGGUGGCGACCCCAACGAGGAGGGAUCAAUCGUGGCGUAACAUGAUGUUGCCUCAGGUGGCUUCCUCCAUCGACCUCACCACAACCAGACCCCAGCAAGUGAGGAGAAUUGUGGAUGGGCAUCCAGAUGUGAGGCGAGGGUUCCAGCCACGGAUGGGUGUCCCAACACCGCCGCGUGUGGGGGUCCGACUCCCGAGCCCUGCUGCUCCCAACACAACCACCCAGGCUGUCGCCAACCCCAACAUUCGCAUCCAGCAUCCCGCCAACCAACCCCAGAGGAGGGAGCCAUCGCCGAACUACCAGCCCGGGGUCCUGGAGGCGCUCCGGCAGGGCCUCGGCGAGCAGGUGCAGGGCUUGGGCUCGGAGGUGCGCAGCCUGGGGCUGGCCGUGAGGAUGCUGGUGGAGCAGCAGAGCAGACUGGAGAGGGAGCAGGUCCAGCAGACGCAGGUGCAGAAGCAGAUCCUCAGCACCCUGCAGUUCCUGGCCUCCAGGCCGGGCCCCUGCGCACUCACCCACGCCCCCACGCCCACGCCCCCGUCUCCGGCCUCCCUGGCAGCGGUGUCUUCUUACGGUCAGAGCACCUUCACCUCCACGCAGGGCAGCUACACCCAGGCCUCUCUGGCUUUGAGCGAGAGCUCUGUACUGGAGAACGCGGAAGCUUUCUCUCUCUCCGGAAUGAGUUCGGCAGGCAUGAAUGGCUUCAGCGGCUCAGAGAGUCUCCAGCCAGCGCACACACACACGUCACCCGCUUACUCGCAGUCCCUCACACACACGCACACGCCUCUAGACUUCACACAGACCCCCGUGCAUUCGCACACUCAAACGCACAGUCCGAUUCUGCACCAGAAUCAGGGCCUGUCGCACACAGAUUCUUUUGAGGACAGUAAGGACACAGAGUUCUUAGCCGGCCAAGUGGACGGAAACCUCCAGGACUACCGCCCAUCCAUCCCUGGCAUCUCCCCCCUCAGUCUCUCGCCACAGGAGCCCCAGCUCAACAUCAUUAAGGUGGAGGCUGACUGAGACCUCCAGGAACACUACAGGCAGGAUUCUACCGCAGGGACUUUGCCACGAACACAGGAAUAUUUUUUUUUUUUUCUUCUUCAUAGGUAAUUGUGCCAACCUUUUUGCCAUCCACUCCAGAACAGGUACAGUGGCUUGCACAAGUAUUCAACUCCCUUGAAAGUCAUCACCAUUUUCUGGAUUCCAAAAUAUGCUUACACAUAUUUCCCCAAUAAGUAUAUCUAAAGACCCUUAGGAAGUGUGAUUUUUAUAUCCAAGGGUUGUUUACUACUCAUAGGUAAUACCUAAUUAUGUUUGAUUAUGGUCAAAUAAGUUACAGCCCUGAAUUGUUUGUGAAUAAUUUGUCAUCUGUCCAAAUACGGAACUUAAAAGUGCAGGGGUUUGAAUACUUAGCCAGCAGUAAACUUUUUAAUUCGUUUUUUUUUGUAUAAUGUAAGUAAACAAAUACAAGACAAGAGUUGCAUACAAGAGUUGCAGUUCAAAGUGCUCUACAUAAAAUCAAGCAGCAAGAGCAAUGCAUGGAGUAAAAUAAUGAUCAACAUCGUAUCAGAACCUGAUGUUCCGAUAGGCUUCUUGGAUUACUAUAAUCAUGAUAAAAGUAAUAAAAACCAUUCUGCCUGGUCUUAAGCUCAGUCGGAACCAUAGUGUUGCUUCAUAGAUUCCGCCUUUCCCUGUUGAAUAUUUUCCGUAGCUAUGUUUCCCGCGCCCAGAGGCCUACAGGGGACCGGAGAUAGCUCUCCUAAUUCGUCUCUCCAGAGACUUGACUAUACCUCGUAUAGCCCUCGCUAUAUUUGCCGCGCCCAGAGGGCUAGAAAAUUCAUUAGCGAAAUAUCUGUGAGAAAAACAGGAGAUAUAUUGAAGCCACAAUAUGGUUUCCAACAGUGCUAUGGUACCCUUAACAGUUUUACAGAGAAAUAGUAAAAAAUAGAAUCAUUCCAGCUAUGCUCCUACAGGUGGUUGCUUUUUAAUGUACCCCCGGUUUAGGGAGAACAGCAUGUUCUUACUAUGCACCUUGGACGUGGAUUAAUCUGCACAAAGAUCUUAAGCUAGAUACGUUUCUAUCCAUUCAUAAAUGUGAGGCAUUUAUCAUGUAAAGACAUGAGACUGUUUUUCCUGAGAGACCAUUGAGUUGAAAUCGCUGUAUUUGGUUGUGUACUGUAUUUCUGUAUAUCAUGUUGUAUAUGUUGUGUUUUAUGCUGUAUUUGUUAUUUUUCAACACAAGUUUGUACGGCUGCUAUCUAGGCCAGGUCUCUCUUGUAAAAAAAAAAAAGAUUUUUUUUAACUUAAUGGGACUUCCUGGUAAAAUAAAAAAAAUCAAAAUACUAAUUGGGAAAAUAUGUGUAAGUCAGUUCUGUAAUCAGAAAAAUAGUGAUGACUUUCAGGGGAUUUCAUAUUUUCAACACACUGUGUCCUCAGCUCCUGUACCAAGUUAUGCUAACUAGUUGUUGCUGAAUGGGCAAUUGCAAGCCUCCAAAAAAGGGAGAGCGAAAGAGAGAGAGAGAGAGAGAGAGAGAGUGUGUGUGUGUGUGUGUGUGUGUUUAGUUUGGUUUGUCAGCUCAAAAGAAAAAAUAACAAAACAUUUCUAUUUGCUACAUAUACAGUUUACCUCACAUAAUUGUCUACGGAAAAAGUACAAAGUAGAAUAAAAGACAAUGGUGGCCAGAGUGGCACAGAGGUACAUGUUCAUAUUCAGCUGCAUGAACUCACAACUGACUCUCAUGAUCACAGUUCUUCCAAUAUGAUGGAAAAAGCAACCAGGAAUUCUCUCGAAAGUUCUGAACUUGAGUUCCCAAUUGGUGAAAUUGUAAGGUCUUUUUGUAAAGUAACACACAUGUUCAAUUACACCUCUCCAGCCAACCCUGUUGAAGAUAAACAGUUAUUUGUGCUGCUGUUUCUGAUUGGCUUUAGACUGUUACUGAGUAAAAGCCUUUAAUUUGUAGGGGGCCUUUUCAUAUCCACACCCUCCAUUAUAUUAUUGACACUGUUGUCUGUUCACUGCAUGUGUCGCAUAGCAGAGUAAAAUAAACAUUCUCACCCCAGAGGUUUGAGAGGGCAGCUCUGGUUUAUCGUCGUCUUACAUUUAAGAAAAUCCGAGGAUUUGAUAGUGUUGUGCAAUCUAUUGAUGUAAAGAAAGUAUGUGUUGAUGUAGAAUGUGGAAAAAGUCGUACAAUUUGUGUUUCGCAAAUCAAAAAAAUAACAAUAAUAUAUCCGACCCGUACACCAAAACUGCCAAGCAAGUGCUGAAAUCCUCCAUUGACCUUCACUCCAACCCCUCUGCUGUUGCACACAGGAUUAUCCUACCCAUGUUCCCACAAGUCCUGAUUACUCUUGUACCAUAAAUAAUGUCUUCACAGAGAUUUCAAAGACAAGUGUGGUCAGAUGGGGUACUGUACAUGACCUAUAGUGUACGCAGAUCAAAUGGUCUUGAUCCAUAGGUGGUCAGGGGCACGCUGUGAUCAAACAGCUCUGUAAAUGCACUGUCAGCAGUUAGUGUCACUUAAAUCUGUGAGGUAUUGAACAGGUCAAAGGACAUCCCAUUCAGACCUGGGCGCAUGAAAAGGGCAUUGUAUUAAAACACUGUGCCACUGUGAUCACACGUCCAUGCCAAGUAUAAACAUGAUUGAUCACAGAAAACAAGGAAACAAAAAUGUCCUGGCUUUUGCCUCAAUGUAAGCAUCAGUCUCCAAUUCUCCAUGUAGAUCUGUUAUUUUUUUUUUUCAAUCAUUCAAUCAGCCUCUGUUUCUUUUCUGGGAUACAGCGCACUCAAUGCAAACUUGUUGCAAUAACCUUCUUGGCCAACCGUGCAUGGCCACCACAAAAUGGAACUUCUCUCGUCUGUACAUUUGUGUGUGUAAAGCUUUUUAAAACUAUAACAUACCAGUGUAUGUUUUAUGUACAUAUGAUCUUGACCAUGUUUAUUUAAAAAGUUUUUGACAAUAAAAUAGAUUGACAAAGAGUAUGCCGGAUGGUUA